GACGAGGAGGAGGAGGAGGAGAAAGAAGCUGGUAAGUCGCGCAUGCCGAUUCCCACCUGCUCACUUACCCCCCCACCUCGUCAUCCCUCGCCACCUACCAACCGCUUCUCCUUCCGCCCCAAUAUUGAUUUUCUUGUUUCUGCUUCUCCCUCCUCCCUCCUGGCUCCACCCUUGUGUGGGCACUAGGAAUAGCUGAUAAAUAUUGGCGAAGUGCUUGGGGAAGAUAGAAGCGGGGGCUGAUCUCAUCCUCCGUCUUCUUCUUCUUCUUCUUCACAGUUUGUGACGGGCGGGCUAUGGCGGGAUGUGCCAGGUGUUGCAUCCACAGCACGAUGAGAGCGAUGAAUGUGAUCGUGAACCUCUGUGGGGUCGGCAUGAUCAUAUACUCCCUCUGGCUUGAGAAGAUGUGGGACGACGGUGUUGCUCUGCUUCCCACCGUCGCCAACCUCCCUCGACCAUGGUUUAUAUACACAUGUUUAGGCGUCGGUAUCGCCGUCUGCUUGAGCACGGUUUUCGGCCACGCGGUUGCUAAUUGUAUUGGCAAUUCUUCUUUGUGCAUCUACAUUAUCACUUUGUUAUCCCUUCUUUCUCUUGAAGCGACAGUUCUGGUCUUGAUAUUCUUCAAGAUGAAUUGGGCAAAGCUAAUUUUGGAGUAUAUUGAGGAGGACCAUGUGAGUUUCAAGAUUUUUGUGGUCUUCCACGUAAAAAUGUGUCGCCUGAUUGUACUCCUGACGUUGAUGCUACAGAUCAUUGUCAUCGUGUUAGCGGUAAUCCUCUGGGCUGUCGGUACUGGACCGAGGACCGAUCAGACCCUGGACAUCGGGAGCCUCAGGCAAUCCUUUCUGGUCUGGCCCAACACUCCCACGCCCGUCGAGAAUUCGCAAACUUGUAGAGGAUGCUCAGAAAUGUACAGCAGGAAUCCCCGCCAAAGCUUCCUGUCGUAUCUUAAGGGUGUAAUCACGUCGAGAUUUCAGCGGACAUCAAUUAAUGAUGAUUGAUUCUUUCUUCUUUAGAUGAACUGGUCACUUUUGCAGCAAAGCUCAUCCUCCACAGCACAGGCUCAGAAGCAGUACUAGAGGUGGUGGUGGUGGUGGAAGGUCUAUGCAUUCAACCCAGGUAAGGACCAACUUUGGAAAUCAGUCUCACUGAGACUCCGGCACAAGAUAGAGGCUAUCCCGAGCUCUCAUUCUCGCUCGGUUUCGGGAUCGAAGAAAUGGGGUUCCCCGUGAGCCGCAGACUUAUUAGCUCGGCACAUCGACCACUUCCUGAUCUGUCUAAUUCUUGAAAUGCAAUACGUUGUCCAGAUCCUUCGCGUCAUCGGCGGCCACCGGAGCCGCCCCUAAAAGGCGAAACUGCAGUUGGGGGAGAGGUUCCUAGUUCUCGGGAGACAUUCGUUCGUUUGAGCACAUGAAAUCAGUACGAGGAAGCCAGGGCCCAAACGAGAGUUCUUGCCCCUGCCUCUUCUGGUCUUUUACGCGCGCUCCAAGAAACUCCAGCUUUCUUGCUAAAAACAGGGGGAAUCAGACGAUGAUCGUGUUGUUGAAAUUCAUGCGGAGAUGAGAGAUUGGCCAUGGAAGAUUUGUUUCUACGUAUGGUCCCCAAGAACAGCCAAAGGCCCGGGGACACGUCCCGUCCAAUCGCUUCAUCUGGAUUCUUGUGCCGAGUUUCGCAUUUUAUAAAUGUUUUAUCGAGAAACUUAUCCUUUGUCCCAUUUGUUGUAAUUGGUCUGAGGAGAAGGAUAGAACAUUGAAAUAUUUACCUUAAUU